AAGACAUAUUUUGCAGACAUGCGUACGGUUUUCGGUCAUUUUACUCGCACGUCAAUUAUUUGACGAAAUGGCUUUAACAGAUGGUCAAAUGUUUAAGUCGUGGAUAUUUUUUAAUGCAUUUCUUUGCUUCUGGAUUUUUACGGAUGGGCAGAUUGUGUAUUCCGUACCGGAGGAGACAAACCCAGGCAUGGCGGUUGGAAAUUUAGCAAAGGAUUUAAACUUAAAUCUAGAAGACAUUGAAAGACGUGGAUUUCAAAUUGUGUCGGAGACCAACAAGAGGUAUUUCGAUUUGAAUUUAAAGACUGGAGUUCUUCACGUUAAGGAAAGUAUCGACCGAGAGGGGCUUUGUGAACAGAAUGUGAAAUGUUCUUUACCUUUUGAAGCAAUUGUUAACUCGCCUUUGCACAUAUAUAGAUUUGAGGUAAACGUACUAGAUAUUAAUGAUAAUGCGCCAGUGUUUCUUGUCUCCACGACAAGAUUGAAUAUUACGGAAUUAGCUUUGCCCGGUGAGCAGUUCGCUCUACCCAGUGCGUUUGAUGCGGAUGUGGGCAGUAACUCAGUGAAGAGCUACAAACUGAGUCCGAAUGAACAUUUCUCUCUGGAUGUACAAAGCGGAGGAGAGCAAAGUGUAUCUGCUGAAUUAGUGCUGCAGAAAGCUUUAGACCGAGAAAAACAGCCUGUAGUCCAGCUCACACUGACCGCUGUAGACGGAGGGAAACCUCCAAGAUCAGGAACAAUGCAAAUAGUCGUAAAUGUUGAGGAUGUAAAUGAUAAUAUUCCAGUUUUUAGUAAAUCAUUGUAUAAGGCUCGCGUUCAUGAAAACGCACCAGCCGGUACCUCCGUUAUUACAGUUCAGGCCAGCGACUCAGAUGAGGGUGUAAAUGGUCAAAUUGUUUAUGCCAUGAUUAACCAUAAUAAUGAUAAAACCGUCGAUGCAUUCUCAAUACAUCCAGAAACCGGCGAGAUUACGGUGAAAGGUGAUGUAGAUUAUGAAAGAAAAAAUGCUGUAGAGCUCCGUGUGCAGGCAAAAGAUAAAGGGCAUAAACCAAGAGCCGCCCUUUGUAAAGUACUUUUGGAAAUUGUUGACGUUAACGACAAUGCUCCAAAAAUCUCUGUAACGUCUUUAGUGAACACAGUUAAGGAAGAUGCUCCGAUUGACACCAUGGUUGGAAUGAUAACUGUAACUGAUAAUGAUGCUGGUAAAAACGGACAAGUCAUGUUAAAAAUCCAGGGCUCCGUCCCUUUUAAAGUUCAAAACUCUUACAAGAAUUAUUAUACUUUAGUUGUUAAUGGUCCUCUGGACAGAGAGAGCGCGUCUGAGUAUAACGUGACUAUCACAGCUACUGAUGAAGGGACUCCUCCUCUCUCUAGUACCAGUGUCAUUACUGUACACGUUUCUGAUGUGAAUGACAACGCGCCGCGCUUUCCAGAGCCCGUCAUUAAUGUUUAUGUGAAAGAGAACAGUCAGGUUGGAGCUGUUAUUCAUACAGUAUCUGCUUCUGAUCCUGAUGUAGGUGAUAAUGCCCGAAUAACAUAUUCAUUAGUCGAAAACUCUAAAAGCGGCCCGGUAACAUCCAUGAUCAACAUCAACUCUGACAAUGGAGAUAUACACAGUUUACAGUCUUUUAACUAUGAGGAGAUAAAAACGUUUCAGUUUAAAGUUCAGGCCACAGACUCUGGUGUUCCUCCUCUGAGCAGUAACGUGACUGUAAAUGUGUUUAUCCUGGAUGAGAAUGACAACAGUCCCGCGAUUCUCGCGCCCUAUUCCGAGCACGGUUCCGUGAACACCGAGAACAUUCCCUAUUCUGCUGAGGCGGGCUACUUUGUGGCCAAGAUCAGGGCUGUAGAUGCAGACUCUGGUUACAAUGCACUGCUGUCUUACCACAUCUCUGAACCCAAAGGAAACAAUCUGUUCCGAAUCGGAACCAGCAGCGGGGAGAUCAGGACUAAGAGGAGAAUGAGUGACAAUGACCUGAAAACUCACCCGUUGGUCAUUUCGGUUUGUGAUAACGGAGAGCCCUCACUGUCAGCGACUGUGUCUAUUGAUGUUGUGGUUGUUGAAAGCACAGGUGACGUCAAGACUCAAUUCAGACAUGUGCCGAUGAAGGAGGAGAGUUUCUCGGAUUUAAAUCUGUAUUUGCUGAUCGCCAUUGUGUGUGUGUCCGUCAUCUUUUUACUGAGUCUCAUCAGUUUGCUAGCUGUCAAAUGUCACAGGACAGACGGCAGUUUGGGCAGGUACAGCGCCCCAAUGAUCACCACACACCCUGACGGGAGCUGGUCUUACUCCAAAUCUGCUCAGCAGUAUGACGUGUGUUUUAGCUCGGACACACUGAAGAGUGACGUAGUGGUUUUCCCUGCGUCAUUUCCGCCUGCAGAUGCAGAACUGAUCAGUAUUAAUGGAGGAGACACUUUUACUAGAACACAAACACUUCCUAGUAAAGAGAAGGUAAGACAUUUUUAUUAA